UUCCAGCGACGCAGGCGGCGCCACGCGGUCCUCCUCCGAAACAGUCACCCGGUGAUAGAAAUCUGCGACGCAGUUCGGCGGUUUGGUCUCGCGGUAGUCAUGGACGCGCCGAAAAGGAAAAAAGCGAAUAGUAAUCGCAUGUGCAGCGAGCCGCAGUGCAAAAACCGUGCCGUAGCGGGUGAGGUAAGCCUCCAUGUGUUCCCGAGACACAAAAAACUGCGGAAAUUGUGGGCUGCAAGGAUGCGCAUCGGCAAAGAAGUCACCGGCGAGAUGUAUGUUUGCAACGAGCACUUCAAGCAGGAAGACUACUUCUGGAGCAACCUCGAUGGGAGCCUAAAGCCUCGUCUGCCGCGGCUGAAGAAAGGGGCCGUGCCUUCACUAAAAAUGCCUGUUCGGACGCACGAAACACAAGUAAAACCCAGACCAAGCAGAAGGAAACUGACAGAGGCCAGCCAUGGUAUGAAACCAGACGAUUUGCCGCCAGCUGUGUCUAGAGAGGAGGUUUGCGCCUGCGUGCCCCCAGUCGUUCCAUGUGCAGCCGAAAACUGUGAUCAACCUGUCCAAGCCUGGCUUUCUGCAGUAAGCACCUGUCCAAGCAGCCAUGUAGGAAAUGAAGAGAUGCCAACAGGACACACAGAAGCGGAGGUGCAAAACCUCCUCCAUCAAUUACAGAAACCAGAAUUACAGAAAAGUAGCGCAGACAAGGCAAUGCAGGCCAACGUACUACAUGACAUGGCUCAGAAGUUUAAGCUCACAGAACUUCUUACUACAGAUUAUAAAAUGAAUGCCUUCACUGGAAUUCCAAAUAUGACGCUUCUAAACAAGAUUGUCUAGCUCGUGGAGAGGCACGCAAGAGAAAACAAGUUGGAAGCCACUGCGAAAGAUAGAGUUCUUUUAGUGUUUGUUAUUCUGAGGCAGGCUGUUUCAUUUUCAUCAGUUGGUGUGCUGUUUCAAUGCAGUGCGUCAUCUGUGCACAAGUAUUUUGUUCACACACUUCCUCUUCUUGCAGCAAUUUUUCAGUCAGCCUUUGAAUGGCCCUCAAAAGAGGAGGUGUUAAACAAUACACUUUUGCACUUCGAGAAGUACAGCAGAGUAAGAGGGGUUGUAGACUGCACUGAAAUUGCAGUUGAACGAUCAGGUUGUGUGACGUGUCGUCUGCUGACGUACUCCCAGUAUAAAUCAACCUAUACGGUUAAAUUUCUUGUGUGUGUCAGCCCCGGGAGUACUAUAACAUUUAUUAGUGAUGCAUUUGGUGGACGUGCAUCUGACAAAGCUAUUACUGAACGCUGCGGCCUUCUUGACAAGUUCGAGUCUUUCACUGACGACAUCAUGGUUGACAGAGGUUUUUUUAUUGAUGAUCUGUGUGCAUCUCGUGCUGUGGGCAUUGUUAGGCCCCCAUUCCUGGGAAAGGAGAGCCAGUUUUCUGAAGCUGAUGCCCUGAAGACUGCUGACAUUGCAAGGGCUAGAGUACACGUUGAAAGGGCCAUACAAAGAGUGAAAAUAUUCAAAAUGUUUAGUGGUACAAUAUUGUGGGAAAUGCUGCCGCAUAUUGAUCAACUAUUUACUGUAGCAUGUGGCAUGACAAACUUGUGUUCACCAAUAUUAGCUGACGAUAAGUUUUUGUAAUGAGGGGCUGUUUUUUAGUGCUAAAUCUGCAUCAUGAACAAAUGGCAUGCCAUAUUGGAGAGCCCUGGAUUGAUUUCAGUCUUUUAGGGUGCUUGAAAGCACAGUGAACUAACAGUACAAAGCAAUACAAGCAAGGAAAGUUUCAACAACUGACCGCUUCUCUUUUUUGUAGCACAGUUCUGUGUGGCAAGGCACACUGUUGAAAGAGUUUCACUGGAGACUUAGGUUGUAUCCUGCUAUAGUCAGACACACCCCUGAAGUAAAAUAUUUUGCUGCCUAUAAAUUGAAUAUAAAUUAUGUACUUAAUGGUGCAUAAUUUUACACUAAGUACACAUAACUUCAGAAAAUGUCAUUUGCCCCCUUUAGGUGCACGUUAACGAACCCCAGGUGGUCCAAAUUUCCGGAGUUCCCCACUACGGCGUGCCUUGUAAUCAGAACUGGUUUUGGCACGUAAAACCCCAUAAUUUUUUUUUUUCAUUUGCCCCUAUUUUAUGAAAUGCGUGGUAUCGUACAUGUGGCAUGGCUUUGCCAAGUUUUGUGCACAAUUUUACCUUUUGCUUAUGUCGGCAAGUUUGGGAAGUACUUUCCUAAAAUACACAUACUGCAACUUGCCAAGCAGUUCACGCAUGUGCUGGACAUCUUUCAUCACAGGCAUCACCAAGCUUUCUACCUUGGAAUACACAACCAAGUGGCACAUGUCGAGGUUUAAAAGCAAGAGGCCCAGCUGAAUUUGCGAGUAAUAACUGUGCUUAAGUUUCAAUGCAUAGUUCUCUCCAUUUUUGACUAUGUAUGUCAGUUUUUUUUAUUUUACCAGCUCAGCGAUGCUCUGCUCUUUACACAACAUGGGGCACUUAACCUCAACAAGGUAUUUCUUUUUAUCCUGAAUUACAACACCAUCAGGACUGUAGCCUAACCAUGGUACCUCAGGGACAACUACGAGCCCCAGCCUGCUAACUGUAGCAUUUUGCAGUUGUUCGUACUCGUGGAGAGCAAGAGGUUCAUUUUCUUUACCAUAAGCUGUUGCUUUAUUGCCAGCAAAAGAGCGGUUUUGAUAGAUUCUUUCAAUUUUUGCCGACCAUGUGUGACUCGCUGUUUCUUGAAAAGUGUACAGCUCUCUGCAUAUGCUACCAGUUAUUCUUUUUU